CAACCUCCAUCCGAUUGUCGCACUUUCAAAACCGAGAUUGCCCAAACGAUAAUGUUCCAAUCCGUGCUGAUCCUUGUACUGUCGCCAAUCGUGCUAUAUCUGAUACUGCGAUGGAAACAUCGUCGUUUCUAUCGGAUAUCGUCCGAACUGCCCGGACCGGUCAACUAUCCGCUGAUCGGGUGCGGCCAUCUGUUCAUUGGAAAGUCCAACGAGGAGCAGUUUGCCAUCCUGAACGAUAUCACCAAAACGUACCCGUCACCGUGUCGGGCAUGGUUGGGGCCCAAGCUGUUUGUGUUCAUUGACAAUCCGGAAGAUAUGCAGGUGGUUCUGAAUUCGCCAAACUGCUUGGAGAAGGCUGAUUUGUAUAGGUUUUUCCGUUGUGAGAAGGGACUGUUUUCUUCGCCGGCUAGCGUUUGGAAGGUCCAUCGGAAGUUGCUGUCGCCGUGUUUCAGUCCGGCAAUUUUGGCAAGUUUCAUGUCAAUUUUCAAUGUGAAGAGUGGAAUUUUGGUGCAGAGGCUGGAGAAGAAUUUGGGACAAGGAGCGUUCAAUUUGUUUGGAGAUAUUUCGAGGUGUACCUUGGACAUGAUCUGUGCAACUACUCUGGGGACAAACAUGGAUCUACAAAGCAAUGAGGGCACAGAGUUUAUCAAAUCUAUUGAAGAUGCCUGCGAAUUGAUCAACUGUCGUCUUUACAAGUUCUGGCUACAUCCAGAAUGGAUUUAUCAGAAAACCAAAUACUAUAAAGAAGAAAAAGAAUGCUAUGAUAGAGCGUACAAGAUGUCUCGUAAAAUUUUGGAGAUGAAGCAAGGAGCUAGGAGUAAAUCCAGAAUCGCUCAAAACGACGUCAAUUCAAAGCUGCCACAGAUCUACAUAGACCAGAUUCUUCGAUUAGCCGAAGAAACGGACGUUUUCGAUGACAAAGCCAUUAAGGACGAGCUGGACACCAUUAUCGUUGGAGGAAACGAAACUUCAGCGUUGACUUUGUCGCAUGUAAUGUUGAUGUUAGCCAUACACCAGGACGUCCAGCAGAAGGUUUACAACGAAAUUGUGAACGUGCUGGGAAGCUGUGACCCUUCGAUUCCAGUUCACAAUGAGCACCUCGCGAAGCUUGUUUACACUGAAAUGGUGAUGAAGGAAACGAUGAGAUUGUUCCCCGUAGGGCCAGUAGUGGCCAGAACUUGUACUGCCCCAACUCGCAUAUCCAAAACCACCAUCCCGGCCGGUACCAACAUUGUUCUCGGGGUCUACAACGUACAUCGAAACCCAAAAUACUGGGGACCCCACGUGGACCGCUUCGAUCCAGAUCACUUCUUCCCGGAAAGGGUGGCCGAGCGGCAUCCCUACUCGUUUCUGCCGUUCAGUGGAGGACCUCGGAACUGCAUCGGCUACAAGUACGGUCUGAUUUCGAUGAAGAUAAUACUGUGUCAUUUGUUGCGUGCCUAUCGGUUCCGAUCGCCGCUGAAAAUGGACCAGCUGCAGCUGAAAAUGAGUAUCACGUUGAAGAUUGCCAACCGGCACAUGGUGACGGUGGAGAGGAGGAACGAAAACGGUCGCGCCAUGUGGAUUGCGGCGGGCGUGUUUCUCGCCAUCGUGGUGAUCGUUUCGCUGGGAUACUAUCGGUGGACGCGCCGGAAAGUGAUCGCCAUGCUGGCCAAAAUGAAUGGACCACCGUCGCUGCCGUUACUGGGGCAUACGCAUAUGAUAAACGUAUUCGGAAGUGGAGACAAUAUGUUCAACACUUUAUUACGGUAUGGUGAAUUAUACAGCUCCCCAAUAGCAGUGUCAAUGGGGCCACUAGCGCACAUUUUCAUAUAUUCGCCGGAGCAGAUCCAAUUGAUACUGAAUUCACCUCACUGCCUAGGAAAACCCGUGCAGUAUUCAUUCUUUUGGCUUGACAGGGGGAUUUUUGCGGCACCAGCUGAUCUUUGGAAAAUCCAACGCAAACUAUUCACGCCGUCAUUUGGACCAGGAUUGCUGGGAAGUUUUGUACCUAUCUUCAAUGAGAAAAGUGCAAUUAUGGUGGAAAUGCUGGCAAAAAAUGUUGGAAAACCUCAACGAGACUACUCUCAUGAAAUUGUUUUAUGCGCAAUGGAUACCAUUUGCAAGACAGCAUUCGGAGUCGAUGCUGACUUGCAGCGUUCACCAAUUGGGGCAAAGUAUGUGGAGGCUCAGGAAAAGUACGUGGAAGGUGCUACAAAUAGAUUCUUCAGACCAUUACAUUAUUUGGACUAUAUUUAUCGAAUGACAAACGCAUGCAAAGCAUUCAAAAAAGACUAUUCACAAUACAUGUCGCAACUGUUGAAAGUAACAGGAAUGGACAGAAUAGAAAAUAAAUUUGAGACAGCUCCGCCAACAAACCACCAUUACGAUGACGACGAAGGAACCAAGAAACCAAAGAUGUAUUUCGAGAAACUGAUAGAGGAAAUUCAGAAGCAGGACAACAUCAAACGAGAGGACCUGGAUGACAACGUGCUAACGAUGUAUUUCGCUGGAAACGAAACCACUGCCACCACUUUGGGCUCGAUCCUGUUGAUGAUCGCCAUGCAUCCCGAUGUUCAGGACCGUGUGUACCAGGAAAUUAUGCUCGUUUGUCCGGACAAUGGUCAACAUGUAACGAUGGAAGAUGCCGCCAAGCUGUCCUACACCGAAAUGGUUUGCAAGGAAACGAUGCGACAUUUUCCAAUCGGCCCCGUCAUUGGUCGCGUACCUGCCCAGGAUGUCAAAUUAAACGACGAUAUAACUCUCCCAACAGGUUCUACUCUGAUAUGCUGUAUCUACAAUGUGCACAUGGAUCGGAAAAUCUGGGGCCCAGAUUACAAAAAGUUCAACCCGGACAACUUCCUGCCGGACCUGGUGGCCAGCAGGCAUCCGUACUCGUUCCUGCCGUUCAGCGGAGGACCCCGAAACUGUUUGGGCGUUCGGUACGCGUGGCUAUCGAUGAAGAUACUGCUGGUUCACGUGCUGAGACGGUACCGUCUGAGGACAACCCUAACGAUGGACACGAUAACCGUAAAAUUCAGAACGUUAAUAAAAAUUAUGGAUGGGUGUGCCAUCAGCUUGGAGGAGAGAUCUCCGGCGUUUGUUCUUUUCGCGAACAUGUGGUUGCUUUUAUUGUUGGUGUUCAUUCUGACGGGCCUGACUUUGGUGUAUUCAUACGUUCAGUGGACUCGAAGAAAAAUGUACGCCAUGUUGGCCACCAUGUCCAGCCCCAAAACGUUGCCAGUGAUUGGACAUGCUCAUAAAUUUUACAACUUAUCGCCCAAGGGCAUUGUACAUACUCUACGAUAUUUCGGAAACUUUGCGUCACCAGUUUGCAUUCACAUGGGACCGUUGCCUCACGUCGGCAUUUUCGACCCCGAAUCGUUGCAAGUUGUCCUCAACUCCCAGCACUGUCUUCAGAAAUCUCAUCACUACUCAUUUUUCUGGAUUCCUCGUACGGUAUUCGUCGCACCCGCUGAAAUGUGGAAAGAGCAACGCAAAGCAUUCAAUCCUUCAUUCGGACCAGCGAUUCUCGGAAGUUUUGUUCCAAUAUUCAACAAAAAAUGUGUCAUCCUCAUAGAUAUUCUUCGACAACACGUUGGAAAACCAGAAAGAGAUUUUAGCCGUGACAUUGUUAAAUGUACUCUGGAUCAAAUCUAUGAAACGGCUUUCGAAUGCGAAUUCAAUAUGCAGUUGUCACCGGAUGGAGAUAGAUCGAUGGAUCUAUUCGAAGGCUACAUGAGACUAGCAUCUGAACGGUUUUUCAUUGUAUGGAAGUAUCCUGAUUGCAUAUACCGCUGGACGAAAGCAUACAGAGACCAAAAGAAUAUAAUGGCUACCUAUUUUGAAACUGUACUGGAAAAAAUAGUUCAACAUGUGGAUAUUGAUAAGCGAAUUGAUGACAAGAGUGAUGUUGCAAACUCCGAACAACAUCAGAACUUUAUCUAUUGCCUUUCAAAAUAUUUACGGACACAAGGGCCUACCCCUAGGGAAGACAUUUUAGCACAUUUUGGUUUCAUGCUGUUCGCGGGCAAUGAAACAACUGCAAAAAUUAUCAACUCCACUUUGCUUAUGCUGGCCAUGCAUCCAGAGAUACAGGAACGAUGCUACCAGGAAAUAGCAUUUGUCUGCUCUGAAGAACAGCAAUCCAUUUCUGCAGAAGAUGUUGCGAAGCUUACGUACCUUGAAAUGGUAAUCAAGGAAACAAUGCGGCUGUUUCCUGUUGCACCGUUGUUGGCGAGAAUAGCAUCUAGUGAUAUCAAAAUCAACGAUCGCCAAACAAUACCGGAAAACGCUAGAAUUAUAAUAGGGACAUACCAAAUCCACCGUGAUCCGAAAAUCUGGGGACCAAAUGCCGACCGAUUCGAUCCGGACAAUUUCCUGCCGGAAAAUGUCGCUGAACGUCAUCCGUACUCGUUUAUUCCCUUCAGCGGAGGUCCACGAAACUGUAUGGGGAUUCGCUAUGCGUGGCUGUCUAUGAAAAUUUUGAUUGCUUAUGUCUUGCGACAAUACCGUUUGAGUACUUCGCUCAAGUUCCACGAGAUAAGGGUGACUUAUGGAGCACUGCUGACUAUAAAGAACGGAUGUCCGAUGACGAUUGAAAGGAGAGUCGUUCGAUGCCAAUAAAUAAACACCUAGAAU